AUGUGCGUAUCUGACUCUAAAACUACCAGUCCUCUUUGGAGCGGAGUUUGAGAGACAAUGUCAAGCGGAGUGAGUGAAUCAGAUUUGAACGGAGAGAUAAUGGCGCUACAGAAGAACCUGGAGGGUUAUGUUGGCUUCGCAAAUCUCCCCAACCAAGUCUAUAGAAAAUCAGUGAAGAGAGGCUUCGAGUUCACACUCAUGGUUGUUGGGGAAUCUGGGCUGGGGAAGUCGACCCUGAUCAACUCCCUCUUUCUGACAGAACUGUACUCCCCUGAAUACCCGGGCCCUUCACACAGAAUCAAGAAAACUGUACAGGUGGAGCAGUCGAAGGUCCUGGUGAAAGAGGGUGGUGUUCACCUCCUGCUCACCAUCGUGGACACGCCGGGGUUUGGAGACGCCGUGGACAACAGCAACUGCUGGCAGCCGGUCAUCGACUACAUCGACAGUAAGUUUGAGGAUUAUCUGAACGCAGAAUCUCGAGUGAACAGACGUCAGAUGCCCGACAGCAGAGUGCAGUGCUGCCUCUACUUCAUCGCUCCCUCCGGACACGGACUGAAGCCCCUCGAUAUUGAAUUCAUGAAGCGGUUACAUGAAAAAGUGAACAUCAUCCCCCUCAUCGCCAAAGCCGACACAAUGACUCCUGAGGAGUGCCAACAGUUCAAACACCAGAUCAUGAAAGAAAUCCAGGAGCACAAAAUCAAAAUCUACGAGUUCCCGGAGACGGACGAUGAGGAGGAGAUGAAGAUGGUCAGGAGGAUCAAGGAUCGUUUACCUCUGGCGGUCGUUGGCAGUAACACCAUCAUCGAGGUCAACGGGAAAAGAGUGCGUGGCAGGCAGUAUCCCUGGGGGGUGGCUGAAGUGGAGAACGGAGAGCACUGUGACUUCACCAUCCUCCGAAAUAUGCUCAUCCGCACUAAUAUGCAGGACCUGAAGGACGUGACGAACAACGUUCACUACGAGAAUUACCGCAGCAGGAAACUCGCUGCAGUCACGUACAACGGCAUGGACAACAACAAGAACAAGGGACAGCUCACCAAGCCUGAGACAUCUGACAACAUGAGUCCUCUGGCCCAGAUGGAGGAGGAGCGGCGGGACCACGUGUCCAAGAUGAAGAAGAUGGAGCAGGAGAUGGAGCAGGUGUUUGAGAUGAAGGUGAAGGAGAAGCUGAUGAAGCUCCGAGACUCCGAGGCCGAGCUCCAGAGGCGUCACGAGCAGAUGAAAAAGAACCUGGAGUUGCAGCACCGCGAGCUGGAGGAGAAACGCCGGCAGCUCGAAGAGGAGAAGAACACCUGGGAGGCUCAGCAGAGGAUCCUGGAGCAGCAGAAACUAGACGCCUCCAGGACCUUGGAAAAGAACAAAAAGAAGAAGAUAUUCUAACCCUCCGGAGGACCUUCCUGAUGUUUCAUUAUUUCCUGCCCGCCCUGAUCUGAGAGCGUCUGUCCAUCACAACAUACUGUGUGAUAAUCAAGAGGAGCCAGCAGGGGGCGCUGUCGUCUGACUCUGAAUCUAACCAAUCAUGCUCUCCCUCGAGUUCCCCCUUAAUACGAUCCUUGUAUCCCUUCAGUGUGCGCUCACACGACACGUAUACUCGUAGAAAACACCUUCGUGACAAACAGGAAGUCUUUCUUUCCUCCUUUGGGAAUGUCGGACGCUGCGUCCUUUUUUUAAUGCCAAAAACCAAACGAAUAGCUCGGCCUGUCGCGGCUGCAGCUCACCUCAGGCACUGUUAUUUUUUAUAUAAAUAUAUAUAAAUGUAUCUUUCGGUUGACUUAUUAUUUAGGUAUCACAUUUAAUUUCCUCCCAGUCCUCUUCCAGCUCCUGAAAUGUAAAUUGUUUAACCACAAACUGCAGUGUUUAUCUUCGACCAUGUGUAACAUUUUCUUACUUUUGUUGUCGUUUUCAUUUUGUAUCGGCCCUGCUUUUUGUUGCUUUAGUUUCUAGCCUUUCUGUUGGACGCCAAACAUUUAUUCCCGACUCACGCCGAGUGUAACGAUGUUCAAGAAACUGCUCCGAAGUGUUUUUACGUGAAUUUAUUUUCCACUUCUCGUGCAGAUUCUAUUCAAACGGAGUAUUUCCAGGGUGUGGAGGUGUUGCUGGAGGAGCCUCAGUAACUGCAGCUUCUUCACAUCACAUUCAGCACUGUCUGUGUAACGCAUCUGCAUUUUUAAUGUCCUGUUUUUAUUGUUAAAAAGUCACAUAAUAAAAAUUGUGAUGGGGAAAAAAACACA